AAUCGCCAUCUUAAAAUUCUUAGCGAGAAAGCCUGUGUAUUAUUUGCGUAUUAUUUUAAGCACUAAUAGAACUGUUAUAACAACGAUUGUUCAUUUAAAUAGGUAAUGUUGUUACAUGUACAGUCAUGAGUCUGCGUCCGAAAUUCGAGCGAUUACCCUCUGGGGAUCUGCAAAUGAUUCGCCGAGAGGUCCCUGUAAGCACAGGCAGCCUUCCUGCACUGUGUCAGUCACCAGAUGUGGUUGAGGAUCAGGCGGUAGCUGGAAAGUAUAGGGGACAGACUGGGUUGUGGAAACGCCCUAGGAUUUUGUGCAUAUAUUGUGUAUGACAUGAGGAAGGAUGUGCGGGUAGACACUCCUUUGUCGGCAAACAACUUUGCCUUGAAGGAGUACGUCAACUCAUUUCCACAAGGCAAGGAGGCUGUAGAGCACCACAAGGCAAAGAAGGAAAAAAUGCCGACACCCACUGCCAGUACUCCAACCACCAAGGCAGAGCUGUUCAGCAUGAUUCCCGCUGACCUAGCCUUGGUGCUGAUGUUUAUCCAACAAGAGGUAAUGAUGUAUUUAUCCGGUGUCUGUGAUACCUUUUCUGUAAAAUUAUAUAUCCUUGGCUUUUGUUCUACUAUAUCAAUAGAUAGCUGGUGUUGGUUGUUGUCUGCUAUACUGAUAAAUUUCACCUGCUCAUUGUGUUUCUAUUUUUAAUAUCGGUUUCACCUCAAGUCGUAAUUGCAAGGUUUUUUCUGUCACGCCUUUUUAUUUAACAGAUGUUUACCUUUAUAUUUAUUAACCUUACAAAACAGUUUUCUUUCUUGCUUCUUUAGCCUGCCUUUAAUUGCUUAUUGAUAGCCUUUCAUUUUAUUUCUAAUAUGCUAUUACUUCUUCAUAGUUUUUAAUUAUUUUCAUCAUUCAUCACUGCAAUCACACUAAUUAUUUAUGUCAUUGAAGUGUCACUAACUGGAAUGAAUUAAUAUUUCUUAACCUUAAUGCCAAAAUUUCUUUUUAUAUUAAAUAUAAUGUUUAGUAAAAAGUCUAUACUUCUAUUGUAAUUUGUUGUAGAAAUUACAAUACUGAAUUGUAUUCAAAAAGUUGUUUAUGUGAAUAAAAUGAUUUAAUUAAAUGGUUUAGACAUUAUUUUAUUAUAUAACUAAAAUAAUUAUUGAUUAAAAUAUAAUAUUAUUUAUUAUUUAUAGACAAAAUAAUUUACAAAUAUAUCUUGUUAAUGGUUUGGAGUUUCUUUAGUGAGUUUUUCUUUAGUGCCAACUAGUGCACAACAGCCACCUGCAACCAAGCCACCACCAGCUACCAUCACUGCCUCUCAGUCUGUAUUGACAACCAAGCCCCCUGGAGAGCCCUGUAGAGAGUCGCUAGAUGUGGGCCAUGGCACGACAGUUAGACUGCCACCAGCUACCACAAUUGUCCCUUUGCGGACAACCAAGCCCCCUGGAGAGCCCUGUUAAGGGUCGUUAGAUGUGGAGCAACCUUCUGCCUUCACAGAAUUGAUGAAGCCCACAGUAACAGAAUUUCCCUUCAUCCAGAGCUGGCGAGCCUGUGUGCCAGAGGUGGACCAGCAGUGGAUUUCUAAAUCCCUGUUCACUUACAGCAGUAAGGGCCACCCAAAGCUGGAUGACAGAAAGCUAGAUGGCUUUUGAUAUUACCCUCCUAAGCCCCAGCCACUACCAAACCAAAAGCCAAGGCUUGACAGAUAUUUCGGACAUCGGCUGUUCCUAUGGAUCCCACAGCGGUUAUGCAGGAUGGCGCUGACCUGUCCCUUCUGCAGGGUGACCCAUCUUACCAAGCAGGGUCUGUACCGGUUGACCAGGAUGGUGCUGGACAUAGAUUCUUUUUACAUUCUUGCAACUGAGAAUUUGCACUGUAUCAAGUGCAAGAAAAAUCAGAUAGGCUGGAGUGAUGCCAUAUUGGACCAGCUGGAUCCGGCUACCAGGUCUUUGUUUCCGGUACAGAUGAUGUACCAUAGCGCAUGUGACAAUCGUGUCAUUUACUUGUUGCGCCAGAGAGGCUUAGGUAACAGUCCUACUCAGCUGCAGAAGCAGAGCACGGAGCUGCACAAUUUACGUUGGACAAAGCAACAACUGCAGUACAUGAGCGACUGUGCUUUGUACUGCAAGUCGGUGCAGUCUGGGUUAAUUCUGACAACUUUCGAAGAGCCGCCCCCACACUACCCAUUACCAACAUACCAGUGGUUUCUUCGUGUUUAUCAGCAGGAGGUUUUAUCUCGGUCGGAAGAGGUCAAGGCGGCAGUGACAUCCAUCUUUGGUCGGGUAUUAAAGAUGGACUCUACUAAGAAGGUAACCAAGAAGCUGGCGGGUAAAGCUGCUCGGACAGCUGCGUGGUCCACUUACCUGGGUAAUGAGUAUGGCCAGGUACUCAUGAGUGCUAUUACAGCCAUCGAAGGGUGUGGACUGGAGGAGAUGGUGUCAGGCAUCCUGAGACGCUAUUCGGAGGCUGAUGUUUUACCGCCAGUCCUGCUGUAUGUGGACAGCAACUGUUGCGGGAAGUCCGCACUGAUGGACAUUUUCAGGAGUGCUUGGCCUCACUUUGUCGUGGGAUUGGAUGUGUGGCACUUCAUGCAGCGUCUUGCUGUAGGGGUCACAACGACAACGGACACCCACAGACUGUACGCUACAUUCAUGGGUCAGCUUUCAGCCGCCAUCUUCCAGUGGGACAGGACCGACCUGAAUCUCCUUAAGUCAGCAAAACGGGAAGAACUUAUUCAUUCCAACAUCCAAAACCCCUCUGACUCGGAUAUCCAAGCCCGUCUAGACCGGAAGGAGUUGUCCCUGCACUGUUGUCGAAUGACUCGAAGCACAGAGGUCAUCAGGGAGAGGAUCCAGGCUGUCUUGGAGUUGUUCGAUGGUGACUCUGGAAGGGAUACCAUGGGUGUACCACUGCUUCAUCAUGAGCGUAUCUGGGAGCUCUGGAAACAGCAGCAGAAGCAUGUUGAGUGCCUUCAGGACCCUAAAGGUGUACAGCUAUACACUCAGACAGGCACACUGAAGAAGGGGGGUGUGGUGUUGCCUGUGUAUCGCUGUGCGCGAGGAUCUACCUCCUUAGAGUCUUUCCAUCUGCACUUACAGCGAUUCAUUCCUGGAACCAGUGCUAGCGCCAGCAACUUCCAGACUUACCUGCUGGAGGGCCUGAUGCACUGGAACGAAGACAGACGGAUUGCUGCAACCAGCACUGAGAAGGAAACUGUAUUGUAUGACGCACGGUUGAAGACCGCCACUAACAGACUGAGUCAGAAGCUCUUCAACAAGAAUAUUUUCCCUACAUUCCAGCCUCCAAACAAAUACACUGCCAAACUGGUAAGCCUCUAG